CUUGGACUGAGAUUUUGGAAAGCGUUUUGAAUUGAGAUUUAGCGACACUGAUUUAUUCAGAUAUGUAUCUUUUAAGACAUCUGUUUGACUGAAUGGUAGGUAACCUGUUACCUUUGUGGUGGUGGGUGACCGUGAUCAAAACAGUUGCCUACUACCGCUUGAUUGGAAAGGGUUCACUCUGCUGGGGCCCAGCCAAAACGGCUGAAAGACAUGAGGAAACGAACCAAAAGACGGCGUAAAACGCCUUCAUCGGUAACUGUGCGCAUGAACCCCUACACGCUACCCUCUCUUCAAGUGAUGGGAGGCCUUAGGAUGAAACGGACAAAUGCCCAAGAAGUACAAGGGCCACCAGAGGAGACCUACAAUGGCCAGGGUCAAGGCGACGCCUCCCGCAGAUGUCCCAUGCUGUGCCCAGCGCUGUCCAUUCAACAUCAGGAGAUGGCUGCCUUCUUCAGGCUAUUUGAUGAUUAUUUCAUUCAGGCUUUCCUGUGGAUGGAUUCUUGCUGUAAAAUCACAGACAAGUAUUUGCUGGCAAUGACAUUUGUCUACUUCAGAAGAGCCUGUUUCAGCAUAGUUGAAUACAACAGGGAAAACUUUUUCAUAGCACUUUACCUGGCCAACAACAUGGAGGAAGAAGAGGAUAGCGAGUAUGAGAUCUUCCCCUGGGCGCUGGGCGAGAACUGGAGGGAGCAGUCCCCCGCUUUCCUGCAGCAGAGGGACAGGCUGUGGGCUCGCAUGGACUACAGGGCAGCCGUCAGUCGCCAGUGUUGUGAAGAGGUGAUGAGCAUCGUGCCGUCCCACUUCAUCUGGCAGCGUGUGCGUGCGGAGCACCACAGCGGGGCCCAGCGUGUCUACCCUGACCAAGUCCAGGUGGAGCCCCGCGGACCCACGGCCAGUCUCCCCCAACCCUGCUCCCUCUGCGCUGAAUAUGCCGUCCUCAACGCCUCCUCAACGUCCCCCGCAGCCGCAGGGGGAGCCAUGGCACACGAGGGAGAGCAUGACCACACCAUGGACACACAUGACAUCGUUACUGGAUGCCAGAGUGGCGAUCUGGAUGCGGUGCUGGAGAUAAUGGCUCAUUUGAGACAGCUGGAGCAGGAGUGGGAGGAGCUGGAGAAGAAGAGGGAGAAGGAGAGGGAGAAGGAGCUGGAGGAUAUCAAGGAUCUGUUAAGACAGCUGGAGCAAGAGUGGGAAGAGGUGGAGAAGGAGGAGACCCAGGCGCUGCUGGUGAGUAUUGAACAUGUGGCUGAGCCAGUCAUUGAGUCAGAGAUGGACAAGAUCAAGAAAGAUGGCAGGAAGAAGGCAGAGAAAGUGAAGAAGAGCCGUACUGGAUUUUGGACGCGUUUCCGGCGUAUUCUGUGCUGUGCCUCGGCAUCAGAGGAGGAGGAGAAUUGAGCAAUUAAAAAAUUAAGCUCUUUGGCAA